AAUUCUAUUUCACGGUAGGUGUCAACAGAAAUGCUAAUCUUGACGACAAUGAGCUGAGAUAAAACGCGAAUACUUGUUUCGGAGUGGGGAACGUGAAACAGAAGAAUAUAUAAGAGGCUUCCGUUCGCGUAAAGUGGAACACUUUUCCGUUAGAUUUGUUUGUAUAAAUGAUGGUGCAUCGUUGAAAAUAUUUCCACAGCAGUAGAAUUUACAGAUUCGGCUGGUCCAGGCGACGUGCGAUAAAGGCCACAUCCGCCCGUCCGCUCGUCCGUUCGUCUGUUCGUCUAUCCGACAUCCAUUCAUUCGUUCAUUUGUUCGUUCGUUUUUGUUCUCUCCUUUUCGUUUUUUCGAGGAUUUCGCUGAGUUGCGCACGAACGGCACGACAUGGCGCGGUUUAACAUGAAUGAAAUAAGGGUUUUCGACGACUCGGUGGACGAUAUGGACAUAAUACAAAACAUAACCAGCACAGAGCAUCGAGAAAAGGCCUUUUACAUCGCGGACAUCGGUAAAGUGAUCGCGAAACACGACGAAUGGAUCGCAAAGAUGCCCAGAGUCGUCCCACACUUCGCGAUUAAAAGCAAUUCGGAUCCGACGGUGAUAAAAGUUCUGGCGGCUCUGGAUGCUUGCUUCGACUGCGCAUCCAAGCAAGAGAUAAAACAGGUGAUGCAACAUGGGGUGCACGGCGAUCGCAUUAUUUUCGCACACCCGGCGAAAUAUCCAUCUCAUAUAAUCUACGCGAAGAAAGUGGACGUCAAGCAGAUGACGGUGGACAGCGAAUACGAACUGUUCAAGAUCAAGGAUUUCUUUCCUGAAGCUAAAAUCGUCAUACGUAUACGCUGCGACUCGAAAAACACGCCGGUGGUGUUGGGCAUGAAAUUCGGCUGCGAGUCGCACGAGGAAGCUGUGCGCUUGAUACAGCUUACGAAGGACCUCGGUCUGAAUUUACACGGCUUCAGCUUCCACGUUGGCAGCCCGUGCUGCGAGCCGGAGGCUUACAGCCGAGGGAUCACGAUGUGCAAACAGUUAAUCAUUGUCUCCAAAAGCAUCGGUUGCGACGAUGUGCAGCUGAUCGACAUCGGCGGCGGCUUCCCGGGCGAGAGCGGAACGAACAUCGACGAGAUUGCGAGUGUUGUGAACAAGGCGAUACAAGAUGUCGAUCCAUCCAUUAGAGUGAUCAGUGAGCCGGGAACUUACUACGUAGCUUCGAGCUUCACUCUGGCCUCGUAUCUGCACUCGAAGCGAAUGAUCCUGAAGGACGGUGAAACGAUGAGAAUGUACUAUAUAAACUGCGGGGUGUUCAAUGGCUUCACAGAGGAGCUGUUGGACUUGCAGGCGAGAGUCCCACAAUUGCUAUCCGAGCCAGUGAGCAGCGAGAAGUUCAGCUCGUGCGUGUGGGGUUCAACUCUCCACUCGUACGAUUUAAUUGUGAAGGAUAUGUUGCUGCCCGAACUUAACAUCGGCGAUUGGUUGAUCUGGAAGGACAUGGGCGCUUACGCUAUAUCUCUCUCCACUACGUUCAACGGAUUUGAGAUUCCGGUUGUGAUUCCGAUCGUGAGGAAGAGUCAAUGGGAGGAUUUUAGGGCGCGAAUUAAUCUCGUGUGAGGGUCUCUUCUGCUUGACGCGGAUCCGAUGAGCUGCACGACUCAAUUGGAAAGCGGAACGACAAUUUUCAACGAAGUUGACAUGCAAGUUUUUCUCGAAGGAAAAGAGAAAGCAAAAUUAAGGCAGAAUCUUUUAUAAAUUUGUGUAAAUUCGAUUCUCUGUCGUUGAUGUGAAUAAAUCGGAGCAUAUAAAUAGCGCAUUCGCUAUUUGCA